AUGCCGUGGCAGUCAUCUAGCAAAACCUCCCUUCGAUCACUGCGAUCGCACCCGCGCGUGUACUCCGCUGAGAUGCAGCGCCAGUCCCAGGAAUCUGGCGGACUCGGCUCUCGACAGUCAGGCAUGCCUCCGCCAGCGACUGACGAUGACGGGGAUAAAUGGUGGAAGAUCCAUUUCUUUCAGGGAAUGAAGAAUGACAUCAGGAGGCGGGCCCCUUACUACUGGAGCGACUGGAAGGAUGCGUGGGAUUAUCGAGUGAUACCGGCGACAAUUUACAUGUAUUUUGCAAAUAUCUUGCCCGCUCUUGCAUUCUCACUAGACAUGUUUGAGAAAACACAUAUGAGCUUCGGUGUGAACGAGGUGCUUCUUGCCUCGGUUUUGGGUGCUGUUGUCUUUUCUCUCUUUGCUGCGCAGCCGCUCGUCAUUGUCGGAGUUACGGGCCCAAUCACGGUCUUCAAUUACACCGUGUAUGAUAUCAUGACACCGAGAGGCACAAACUAUCUCGCCUUCAUGGCUUGGAUCGGAAUCUGGUCUUUGAUUAUGCACUGGGUCCUUGCUGUCACAAAUUCCUGCAACGGUUUGACUUAUGUCACCCGAUUCUCCUGUGAUAUUUUUGGAUUUUACGUCGCUUUUAUAUACAUUCAGAAGGGAAUCCAGGUUUUGACUAGACAGUGGGGGAUGGCUGGCGAGGCUUCAGCGUAUCUCUCCAUCAUGGUCGCUUUGCUUGUUCUGAUGAGCGGUUUCAUCUGCGGAUGGAUCGGCGACAGCAAUCUAUUCAAGCGACCGGUUCGAAAAUUUAUCGAAGACUACGGCACUCCUCUCACUAUUAUCUUCUUCACAGGAUUCGUUCAUAUCGGUCAUAUGAAGAACGUUAAAGUGGAAACGUUGCCUACGACGAAGGCAUUCUUUCCCACACUGGACCGUGGCUGGCUGGUCCAUUUUUGGGAUAUUGAUGUUAGCGACAUCUUUCUUGCUGUCCCAUUCGCCAUGCUGUUAACGAUCCUGUUUUGGUUUGACCACAAUGUAUCUUCCCUGAUCGCUCAAGGUACCGAGUUUCCACUUCGUAAGCCGGCCGGAUUCCACUGGGACAUUUUCCUCCUCGGUUUGACUACGGGUAUCGGCGGAAUCAUGGGGAUUCCCUUUCCCAAUGGGCUCAUCCCACAAGCACCUUUCCACACCGCUGCACUCUGUGUAACUCGUCAGGUUGCAGAUGACGAUGAGAUCAACAAGGGAAAAUCAGUCCGGAUCAAUGAUCAUGUUGUUGAGCAGCGAGUUAGCAACCUCGCGCAGGGUCUCUUAACCGUCGGAACGAUGACCGGGCCGCUCUUGGUGGUCUUGAACCUCAUCCCCCAGGCAGUCAUGGCGGGCCUCUUCUUCAUCAUGGGAGUCCAGGCCCUGCUUUCCAACGGCAUGACGCAGAAACUCUUGUUCUUAGCUCAAGACAAGAAACUAACCCCAUCGUCCGAACCACUUAAGAGGAUCGAGCGCAGACUCGCCAUCUGGGUAUUCGUGGCGAUCGAGCUGGUGGGUUUCGGUGCGACGUUCGCCAUCACUCAAACCAUCGCCGCUAUCGGCUUCCCGGUCUUCAUUCUUCUGCUCAUUCCCGUACGGACAUUUUUGCUUCCGCGGUGGUUCACCCCACUGGAGCUAUCGAUUCUCGAUGCACCCACCGCGAGUCCGUUUACAAUGGAGAGCGUUGGUGGUGCAUACGGGCAUUCUCCUGAAGACCAUUCCAACAAUGAUUCAGGCGUAUUAGAACGGGGGCGGGGUCUGAGGACUCCACCGGAUUCGCGCGUCCAGGAGUGCGCUGUCGAGGAUGGGCUGGAGAGAGGCGAAGCGCUUGAGCUUGGAACAAUGAGGAAAACCAUGAGAAGACGUAGUCGAAAUGAUGGGUGA